AUUCGGGCAAGAGCAACCUCAAUCUCAAACGUCAGUAAUAUUUUUUCGUGAUGUGGACAGUGCUGCAAUUGAGAUAACGCACUGCGAUUUUUGGAAAGCUGAAAAGCGGACGCGAGGCGAUGUAGUCAAAAACCGAAAAGCAGAAGAAAAAAAAGCAUAAGGUUGAAAAAAACAGUUGUUUCCUAGUUCGCCUGAAAUGGCCUAUCAGACUUUAAUGCAGGAAUACCUGCAUAUGCCUGUUGUUACACGAGCUUACACGACUGCUUGUGUCAUCACUACUCUCGCCGUGCAAUUGGACUUGGUUUCACCGUUCCAACUCUACUUCAACCCAAUUUUAAUAAUCAAGAGAUAUCAGCUAUGGCGGUUAAUUACGACAUUCCUCUUUUUUGGAACCGUUGGAUUCAAUUUUGUUUUCAACAUGAUAUUUACGUACAAAUAUUGUCGGAUGUUAGAAGAAGGUUCUUUCCGUGGAAGAACGGCCGACUUUGUGAUGAUGUUCAUCUUCGGAGGCGUGUGUAUGAUCAUUUUUGCAUUUUUUGUUAAUUUAUUAUUUUUGGGACAUGCGUUUACAAUCAUGUUAGUGUACGUCUGGUCGAGGCGGACGCCCUUCGUUCGAAUGAACUUUUUUGGGCUUCUCAAUUUCCAAGCUCCUUAUUUGCCCUGGGUGCUUCUGGGAUUUUCGGUCCUUCUGGGCAAUGCCAUCUGGGUGGAUCUCAUUGGUAUAGCAGUAGGACACAUAUACUAUUUUACCGAGGAUGUAUUUCCCCGGCUGCGGGGUGGAUUCCGCAUUCUUAAGACCCCGCAAAUACUAAAGACUCUUUUCGAUGCGCACAACGACGAUCCCGAUUACACGCCUCUACCGGAAGAUAGGCCAGGUGGCUUUAAUUGGGGACGAGCAGCCAAUGUGCAGUAAUUACCCAAAAAACUUUCCAAUUCCAAAUAAUUUCCGGUGUGAUUGAUAAAUAAUUAUUUUUUCGAAUCGCGCGGAAUGAAAGCGAAAACUGCGUUUAUAUCCGAAGGGAUGAGAUAGCUCCCUUCAAAAAUUUCUAGCAGUGGGUGGUGGUACUGCUUAUUUCGAAUUACAGUGUCAACGUUCGUGCCAUGCGCAUGUAUUCCACCUCUUAGGGGCAAUUAUCAUCUCACGAUAUCAAUUCAUUAUUUUGCAAGAACUUAUAAACUAAUGAGUUGACUAAAUUUUCUCUAAGAAAGAAUUUCUCAGAAAAAAAAUAUUGCUAUUCCAGAUAGACUCGAUUUUAUCACAGAUAGACUCUUUUUUCCAGGUAGACUCUUUCUUUUUCAAAUAGACUCUAACAGAAAAAGAGUAUUGCUAUCCCAGAUAGACUCCUUCUAUCACAGAUAUUCUAUCAGAAAAAAUUUUUGCUAUUAAAGAUAGACUCUUUCUGUCACAGAUGAACUCUUAUUUUCCAGGUAGAAUCUUUCUGUUCCGAAGAGACGGUUUCUUUUCCAGAUAGACUCUUUCUAUUUCAGAGAAUGCUUGAGAACCUUUUAAUGCCAGAGAGACUUUUUCUAUUGCAGAUAGACUCUUUCUAUCCCAGAGAGAUUUCUUCUUUUCCAAACAGACUCUUUCUGUCUUCGAUAGACUCUUUCUAUGUCAGAUAGACCUUCUAUUUCAGAAAGACUUUUUCUAUUCCAGAGACACUAUUUCGGCCCUAGAGACACUUUCUAUCAUAGAUAGACUCUUUCUAUUGCAAGGAGGCGUAUCACAAAACGACUAUUGCUAUCCCAAAGGCUCUGCCUGUCUCAGAUUCUGUUCCAAAUUACCCUUUCCGUCAUGGAUAGGAUAAUUGUUAUGCUAGGUUGACUCUUUCUUUUCCAGAAAGACUUUCCACACCAGAGAGACUAUUUCUAACAUAGAGAGACUAUUAUUAUCCUAGAGAUAGUCUUUCUAUCCCAGAUAGACUCUUUCUAUGCGAGAGAGAAUCUAUAAAAAAAAAAUUAUUGCUAUCUCAGAUAGACUCUUUUUUUCCAAGUAGACUCUUUCUGUUCUAAAGAGACUCUUUCUUUUCCAGAUAGACUUUCUAUUUCAGAGAAUGCUGAAGAAUCUUUUAAUGCCAGAGGGAAGCUCUCAGUAAACGAUUAUUGACAUCCCAGAGACUUUUUCUAUACAGAUAGACUUCAUCUAUCCCAGAUAGAUUCAUUCUGUUUCAAAGAGACUCUUUCUAUCACAGAUAGACUCUUCAUAUUCCAGAGAAUUCAUGAGAAUCUUUUGAUGCCAGAGACUUUUUCUAUUUCAAAUAGACUCUUGCUAUCCCAGUGAGACUCUUUCUAUCCCAUAUAGAGGCUAUCCGUUCCAAACAGACUCUUUCUGUCCCAGAGAAAUUCGUUCUAUCCCAGAUAGACUCUUUUUAUUCCAGAGAAUGACUAAGAAUUUGUUUAUGCCAGCGAGACUUUUUCUAUUUCAGAUAGACUCUUUCUAACACAGAAAGACAAUUUCUAUCCCAGGGAAACUCUUUAUAUGCCGGAUAGAUUCUUUCUUUUCCAAACGACAAUUUUUCUGUCACGGAUAGACUCUUUCUAUGUCAAACAGACUCUUUCUAUCCCAGAUAGAUUCUUUUGCAAAAGAGACUCUUUCUGUCACGGAUAGACUCCUUCUAAACCAGAUACACUCUUUCUACUUCAGAAAGACUAUCUUUAUUCCACAAAGACUUUUUGUAGACCAAAAAGAUCUUUCUAUCCCAUGAAGGCUCUUUAUAUGCCAAUGGUAUAAUGUCAAUCCCAAAGAUACUCUGUCUAUACCAGAUAGAUUCCUUCUGUUCCAAACAAACUCUUUCUGUCACGGAUAGACUAUUUUUUUAGAUAGAUUCUUUUUGUUGGAAAUAGACUCUUUCUUUGAUUGAUAGACUAUUUCUAUCACAGAUAGAUAGACUCUUUCUAUCGCAGAAUGACUUUUUGUGUCCCAGAAAGACUCUUUCUAUUCCAGUCUUUUAAUCCAAACUUUUAAUGCCAGAGAGACCUUUCUAUUUUAGAUAGAUUCUUUCUAUGCCAAAAAGACAAAUUCUAUCCCAGAGAGGCUCUUUCUAUUCCAGAUAGAUUCUUUCUAUUCCAAAUAGACUCUUUCUGUGACGGAUAGACUCUUUCUAUUCCAAAGAAUGUCAGAAAAUCUUUUAUUUCAGAUAGACUCUUUCUAUCACAGAAGGACAAUUUCUAUCCUAGAGAGACAAUUUCUAUGCCAGUUAGAUUCUUUCUGUUCCAAAGAGAGUCUUUCUGUCACGGAUAGAUUUAGUUCUAUGCCAGAUAGACUCUUUCUAUUGCGAAAAGAAUGAAUCUUUUUUCACAGAUAGACUCUUUCUAUGCCAGAAAGACAAUUUCUAUCCCAGAGAGACUCGUUCUAUUCCAUGUGGAUUUUUCCUGUUCUAAAGAGACGCUUUCUGUCCCAGAUAGACUCUUUCUAUUCCAGAGAAUUCCUGAGAAUCUUUUAAUGCCAGAGGGACUUUUCUAUUUCAGAUAGACUCUUUGAUGUAGGAAAAUAGAGCGACAUAUUAGUUUAUAAGUUAUUUUGUUUAAAAGAAUUGCUUACGUGACAUUUUGAUACAUGCCUUUAAGGUCAUGUAAAACCUAGCCGAUUCCUAUUUUACCAACGAUAUUUUGGAGCAACUUACGUUCACAGUAUAUGAGAUAUUGAGUUCAAAACGUAAUAAAUUAAAUAAAAGUUAUUAAAGAAUAUUACUGUGGUCCUACAUUUUGUAGAAAAACAAACCAAAUUUUCCACUCGAUAUUUCACUUUUGUGAACGUAAGUUUUAAAAAUCUCCCGGCAACAUAGGAAAGAUAGGAAAAUAAAUAAAAAAAAAACAUUUCGUACGCGCUAGCAAUUGUAGUUGAUGUGAGACUACUUGAUGAAAUGUCUGUUGUAUAUUGUAAAUUGUAGUUAAUCCUUUUUAUCAGUUUUUUUUCUGACGUCGCUCGUAUUAUUUUACUACUGGGCGCAGUAUAUACCUUGUAUCAGUGAAGAAACGAUGUUUUAAGUAUCAGCGUUAAAAAAAAGUGUAUGUUACAUAUAAUUUUAUAUAUGCUGGAAAGCAAACAAGUCAUCAAAUUAAUGGUGCCACGUUCCUUCGGCGCAUCUCUUCAUUGAUGUGGCGCUGUGUGGAGUGUAGAAAAAUCAUUAAAAGUUUAUAUUUGUUAAUGGUUGAAAA